UCUCUUUGCUCUGCUCCCUCUCCUCCAGUCAUGGCGCCUCGGAGGUUCUUCCUCCCCAUUGCGUUCGCUGUUAUCUUGCUCUUCUCCCAUGUCCUUGCUCGCGAGACGGAAGAGAAACCAGCCGCUGAAGAGAAGAAUGACAAUGUGAACAUUGAUGAUGAGAAAUCACUUGGCUCUGAUCAGUUUGGUCCCGGCCCACGCGGUGGCGGUCCAUUUGGCCGGGGUCCAUUCGGUCGUGGCCCGUUUGGUCGUGGCCCGUUUGGCCGUGGCCCGUUCGGCCGUGGCCCGUUCGGCCGUGGCCCAUUCGGCCGUGGCCCAUUCGGCCGUGGCCCUGGGCGCUGCCGAUUCUUCUGUGGACGGAGGUGCUGUUCCGAGGAAGAGUUUGCCGUCUUCAGCUCUGCCUCAGCGGACCAUACUGAUCAAUUUGGUGGUUGGGGUGGACCCGGUGGUGGAUUUGGAGGUGGCAGGGGAUAUGGAUAUGGACCUGGUUAUGGAUUUGGGCGUGGUGGAUAUGGAUUUGGGAGUGGAUAUGGGCCUGGAUAUGGGGGUGGAUUUGGUCGGGGAUAUGGGCCUGGAUAUGGGGGCGGAUUUGGUCGGGGCUGCGGGUUCAUGUGCGGGGGCAUGUGCUGCUCUGCUGAGGAGUACGCCAAAUUUGCUCAGAAUGGGCACUAA